UCUUUCCGAAAAUCAAUUCCCUCUUGAGCGAGCUUACUGUCUUUAUAGGUUGAACAAAUUUUCUGAAGGUGCAGAACUUCUUUAUAAAUACCGAACUGCUGGAAAUAAUGAUAAUGGAUUGAGACAUUUGGAAGCACAAGUGGCAUACAAACUUAAAGAUUAUAAUUCUUCUCUAUAUAUUACAAUCUUCUUCAGGAAACAGAUGCA